GUUUACGCAACAUUCCCCUCAUGGAAGAGGAGAUAUGAAGAAAUGGCCAGUUGCCAAGAAGAUGGAAGAUUUUCUUCUUAAAUGUGAUGUUCAUAAAGAAGAAAACAAUGAAAUGUUUUGCGAAGACCAUAGCCAGCUGUGCUGCAAUAAAUGUGCUAUUCUGAAUCACAGGACAUGCAAAACGGUGAUUCUUUUAUCAGACUUGGUAAAAAAUACCCGCACAGACCUGAAACAAGUAUCAGUUACCAUCCAAACUACUUUGGCAAAACUGAAGGAGCUUCAAGAAAACCAGGAGGAUAGCAUUCAGACUCUGCUAAGUUCAUAUGAUGAGCAGUUACACAAAAUACAGGAAAAUCGUAAAAAAAUAAUUGCAGCCUUAAACAAGCUUGAACAAAAGGCAAUGCAGGAAUUGAAAGAUACACUGACCAAACUGCAAGCCCCUCUUGAUCGGGAUAUCGACAAAUGUUCCACUCUUCAAGAUGAAUUAAAACAACUUGGAGAAGCUAUUCACAACAUUGGUGAUAAAAACAAGCAGGAACUAUCUCUUAUAGCCAGCAUUAAAUGCAAGGAUAAAAUUCAGCAGUUUGAAAAAUAUCAGAAGGAGAACUUUGUUGAAGUAAAAUCUUCAAUAUCUUUUCAGCCUAAUAAUGAAAUUGUGGAGUACCUUUCCAAGUUGUCAGGUCUUGGGAUGACAUUGACAGUGAUGCAAAAUCCAGACAAAGUAAUUAGGAUAGACAGGAAGUCUGAGUAUGAUGUACGCACAAAAGGUGAACUCAAAUGCACUAUCAGAGACAUAUGUGUUCUUUCUAGUGGACAGGUCCUAGUUACAGACACGUUCAAUAGUAACAUCAAGCUGUUGAGCCAAACGUACCAGGUGGUGAGUCACUGUAGUGUAUCUGAUCCUCAGCUCAAUGAGCCACUGGGCAUUUGUCAGAUCACUCCCAGUGAGUUUGGUAUUGCUGUUAGUCCAAAGGACACACACGGUGGUUUUCCUCCUUCAAAGAUCCUUUUUAUCAAAGUCAACAAUAGCCAGCUGGUGAAAGACAGAAUACUUAAAUUUCAACAUUACUGUCAUAGUAUUGUCUACCAAAAGGGAAACCUGUUUGUAACCUCUGGCACUGCUCUGUUCAAGUACAAACUGAGUGAUACAUGUACACUUGUCAGCAAACUGCACGAAGAUAAAUCAGAUAAAAAGACAGUAUCACGUUGUGCAGUGAGCCCUACAGGUGACAAGUUGUAUAUCACUAGCCCCAAACAGCACAAGCUGCUCACUCUGGCCAAGGAUGGAUCAAUCCUUGCCACCUUUAUGGACCCUGCAGUAACAUUUCUGACUGGUUUACAUGUGACACCUGCAGGCCAGGUGCUUGUGUGUGGACGGGAUUCAAAAAAUAUCAUACAGGUGGAUAGUAAGGGUAGUAUGAAGCUGGCCACUCUUGCUACCCAGAGGGAUGGAGUUAAGAGGCCAAUUUCAGUCUGCUACAACAGAAUUACUGACUCCAUUAUUGUGGGACAGUGGGAGCACAAAAAGAUCCUGGUGUACAAAGUGAAAUAGCUUAUUAUACCUGUAUCUUAUUUGUACUAUAAUAAGUGAUAUAAAUUACAAUAGCUGUAAAUAAUUGUUUUAAUACAAUGCAACAAUAUUUUUUAAUAUAGUACAACUUGUAUAUGUGCAGAAUAAGGUGAUGAAAGUAACAAUAGCAGUAAAUGUAAUAGUGUAUGUUAAAUUGCAAGAAUGAUUUUGAAAUAUGGAUACACAUAUUUUUAUGCCCCCGAAAGAGGUCAUAUAGUGAUCGGACUGUCCGUCCGUCCGUCUGUCUGUCACAAUUUUCGUUAAGGUUUCGAAAAAUGCUCAUAACUUCUAUGUUGUUUCAGAUAGCAACUUGAUAUUUGGCAUGCAUGUGUAUCUGGAGCUGCACAUUUUGAGUGGUGAAAGGUCAAGGUCAUCCUUCAAGGUGAAAGUUAAAAAAAAACAAAUCCAAGGGCAGUAAUAAGCUUUAAAGGGAGAUAAUUAUCUGUACCUGCCAAAUGAUAAAAAAAAACAAUCAAUCAAAGCUGCGCAGUUGGAGGCAUUGUGUUAUUGACAAACACAUCUCUUGUUCUAAAAUUAAAGUUAUAUGUAGCUCGGCUGUUUUCGGAGAAAACCCGAUGUAUUGUCAUAGCCAGCUCGUCGUCCGACGUCUGCUGUCCGCCGUCCGCGUUGUGCUAAAACCUUAACAUUUUGUUAAGGUUUUGAGCAUUGGCUCUAAAAUCAAAGUACUUCAACCUACAACUUUGAAACUUCAUAUGUAGCUGCACCUUGACGAGUUCUUCAUGCCGCACCCAUUUUUGGGUCACUCGGUCAAGGUCACUGUGACCUAAAAAAAUAAAAUAAAAAUAUGAGCUUCACUUUUCAAAGAAAAAUGAGAGCUAUACUACUCGCCCCGGCAUCGCCAUUGCUUUCUGCGUUGGUUAAGUUUGUUUUUUUAAGUCAAAUAACUUUAACACCAUCAAAGAUAAUUAACUCAAACUUGGAAUACUUCUUAAUGGCAUCAAGACAAUUGUGUAGGUUGAGGUGCAUGACUCUUGUCAGCAUUAUUUUUAGAGUUAUGCCCCUUUUUAUACUUGGAAAAUUAAUUUUUUUGUUAAGUUUUGUGUUAAUUUUUAUGUCCACUUUAUUUCUAAAGUAUCAAAGCUAUUGCUUUCAUUCUUGCAACACUUACUAACUAUCAUAAGGGGACUGUGCAGGCAAAGUAAUGUAACUCUGACUGGAAUUUUGACAGAAUUAUGGCCCCUAUUAUACUUAGAAAAUUGAAAAUUUGGUUAAGUUUUGUGUAUUGGUCCAUUUUACUCCUAAAGCAUCAUAGCUAUUGCUUUCAGACUUGGAACACUUGCUAACUAUCAUAAGAGGUCUGUACAGGACCAGUUGCAUAACUCUGGUUGGCAUUUUGACGGAAUUAUGGCCCUUUUUUGACUUAGUAACUUUGAAUAUUUUGUUAAAUGUUGUGUUUAGAUGCACUUUACUUCUAAAGUAUCAAGGCUAUUGCUUCCGAACUUCAAAAAAUUUCUUACUAUCAUGAGCGUACUGUACCUGGCAAGUUGAAUUUGAACUUGACCUUUGAAUGACAUUGAAUCUCAAGGUUAAUUAAUGAAUUAUGCUUAAAUUGCCAUAACUUCUUUAUUUAGGAUUAGAUUUGAUUCAUUCUUUAACCAAACAACACUUACCUGACAUACCACAAUGGACUCCACCCAAACCAUCCCCCACGCUCCCGAGAUCCAUCCCCCCAAUUUUUUUUUUCCUUUUUUUUCUUAUUUUUGAAAUAUCCUCUAAUAAAUGACCACACCCCCACAUUAUUCCCCCUAUUCACCCCCUCCCCCCCACACAUUUUUUUUUUGUCAACAUGGUAAAAAAAAACAACAAAUAUUUAUUUUUAAUAUUUUAUUUUUUAAAGACCGUCUAACCAUCCCACCCACGCUAUUGCUAUCAAACUUGAAAUAUAAUCUUAUUAGUUUGUUUUAUGUCUUUACAUAUGUUCAAUAGAUUGUGGAAAAUAUACCUGAACUCAGAAUCGUCUAUAAUGUACCACUUCUUUAAAACAUAAGUGAUUAAUAUAUUUUAAUUAUGGUCCUCUUUCAGUUAGAAUAUGACUAUAUUACCUUGACUUUAUUGAAUAUGAACAAUUUCCCCUAUAAUGGCUUACGUUAUACUGUCAAGCACUCGAAAAGUCGAGCGUGCUAUCUUCUGACAGCUCUUGUUCAAAACUGCACCCGCAGCCGAGCCUGGCACCCGUUAUGCGGUGCUCUUGUUCUUUUUUUAUUUAAUGUUGUUUGUUGCUAACUUGGUAAGUCUUAGAAGUCUGUCUUAAGUGUAUAACAAAUAAUGUUUAACUUUGUUCUUUGAACACUGUGCAUUUUAAAAAUCAAUAUAAGAGACAUUGUUUUUUUUUACUUAAAUGACACUUUUUAGAAUGUGAUUUAUUACAUGUAUAACAAUAAAUCUAUUUAUUUCUGUUUGCUAUUUUAGUGGCUCGGAUAGAAUUUAUUGUCGCCUACCGGUGAAACCGAAGGGGACUUAUGGUUUGCGCUCCAUGUGUCAGUCAGUCUGUCAGUCUGUCACACUUUUCUGGUUUCUGCGAUAACUUUAAAAGUUCUUCAUAUUUUUUCAUGAAACUUGAAACAUGGAUAGAUGGCAAUAUGGAGAAUUCUGGUUGCUAUGGCAACAAAUAUUUAAAAAAAUAAUUAUUUUUUUUACUAACAAUGGUGGAGUUUAACCGGUAGGGGACAAUAUUGCUUGGCAAACUCUUGUUAUUUGGAAAACUUAUUCAAUAAUAAUAAUAUCUGCUAUUCUAUUAUUAAUGGAUAGUUUUCACAUUAAAUCAAUUUUUUAAUUAAUUUGUAUCAUUUUAAAAUUUGUAUGAUUGUUUUCAAUCACUUGGCGCUUGCUAUGCUUAUGGUAAUUUUGUAUGGAGCGUCUAGAUGAUACAGAGUAAUGAAUAACCAAUUAUGUCCCAGAGGGGGAUAGGGUAUUCAGGUUUAUGUGAAAUAAUAAUUCCAAAGAUAACUCAUUGAAAAGUCAUUCCAGACUUUAAAUAGUAAUUUUGAAAGUAUCUAUAAUAUUGGGCUGCAAAGUGGGACAGGGAUUUAAAGUAAUUUCCUUUAUUUGAAUUUUUGUUGUAUUCGUUACACUGUUUUACCCUAUCAUGAAUUUCCAGAAACUCACAUCAAAUGUUAAGGUCAUGAACAGAAGUCCAUGAAGAAUUAGUCAAGCCAGGUUAAGGUCAAAGUCAUACUUUAAUGAUAAUAGCCUCUCUAUUGUUGUGUCUGAUUCAGCUUUCGAAUACCAUUUGAAGCAUUUACAUUAAGUUAAGAUGAUUUAAGGUCAAUGAAGUCAAUGAGAGAUGUGCACAAGGUCAAAGGUGUGGGCCCAGUCGUUUUCUUCCAUAACCAUGAAAGGACGUUUAUGAAAAAUUAAUGUCAUGGAAACAAAUUCAGAAGUAGACAAAUCACUGAAACUAAAGGUCCAGAUCGUAACAUGAAGGUCAGAAGUACUGCAGACGGGGAAUAAUCUUUUUGUGGACACUUACAUUUGUGGACUUCAAAUUUUUUGGGAAAAAAAAGGAAUUUGGUAUUGGUCAUUUUCCAAUGUGUUUGUGUACAAUUCCUUGAUUGGUCAAUAUGAAAGUAAUUCAUUAAGCAGAAGACAAGUGUGUAAUCCUCAUCCUGAUUUGAAAAAAAAAUAUGAGUGAAA